AUGUCACCAGUAUGUCACAACUUCGUACAGAACGCGUGGAAGAAAGAUUUUUGCUCGAACUGCUUCAAAUCGCGCGAAGAGCACGCAAAACAGGAUAAGCCGACGGAAGGCGGUAAAUAUCUAGCGACCCCCUUCCAAAACAGAAGUACGUUCUUCAAGAAAACUCCGCCGAGCAUUUUGAAGAUACAUCCGAAGAAGAAGGGCAAGCGAAAUGUACGGUUCCCGGAGGAAGUGUGCAGCGUCAUUGGCUAUGGCGGUGAUGAUUGGUCCGAUGAGGAGGAAUUCGAAGUUUCAGAGGACAACGAAGAUGAAGACAUAUUUCCAGAUACGGAAGAAGAAAGGGAACUGUACAAAAUAACCAAGUCCAAUACAGACUUCAAUACGGUUAAAGCCAAUCUGUUAGGUGAUUCGAUUGCUAAGUCCUACACUUCAUUACUUCUAGGUAAAAUGCAAACCGAUUCCGAUGGGAAGAAGAAAACGUUAAUGGUUUCGGUAACGCCGUUUGGACAAGAUAACAAAAAUCCAAAUGUCAAGACCCACACCCGAAAACCGGCUGUGAUUCAUAUAAAUGAAACACACAGUGAAGAAUCUGCAAGUAGUUAUAAAACUAAUAUUAUUCUGACGUCGUACGUUAAGGAAUCCGAAACAAUAGUUGCCUCCGAAGGCGUAAGAACAACGGAUGGUAUUUGCACUGAAAAAUCGCUGUUAGAGGAAAUAUCAGAGACUUUACAGCAAAACAGAAUGAGUAACAGUUCAGAUCUUAAUUUAACUCAGAACGAAAACAACAAACCAACGGUUAUUGAAGAGAAGAGAAAGGAGAGCAUGCAAGACGAGGUUGAAAAGAAAGACUCAACUGAAACACGUAAAAAUGGAAUUAUGAGAAAAUCUCCACUAAUAAAAACCCAGGAGAGGCCUAAAGUGAAUCUGAGCAGGUCCGAGUUCAAGUUUUGUAAGAUCAACAUCGAAAACAGCAGCGUUGACUCUGCUGUGGGCACGUUGAAUUCGACCGCUAACAACUCACUGACAUCGGAUGACGACAGUUUCAGCGCCCGUACCGACUCCGACAACGACGACAGUGGACAUUUCUCCGAAACGCACAAAUGUGAGGAGACCGUUAAGAUAAAAGUGUUCAACGAAACGGAGAAGGGCAUUAAAAUGUCCCCAAUCGGACAGUUGAGGAAAGCGGACGGGAAUGCGGGCAGUGGAUACAGUACGUUCCAAAAUCCCAUCAUUGAUAUGCCCCCGAUCAUCCCUAAGCAACCGGACACAGUGUUCUCAGCCGAAGCCAGUCGGGAACUGGCCGGCGAACCUGAUGGUAGGGCAGACCCCGACGAGCCCACCGAAGCGCCCGCAUUGCCUAACAGUCCCGUGCCGACGAUGGACCCACGGCCGUCUUUCCUUCACGGCAUGAUAACCGACAUAAUGCCUUCGAAGCCGGCCGUACCAGAGAAACCAAAGCUGCCUACAAAACCAGUGAUUAAACAAACGACCAAGAAGAGUACGACCGUGUCCCAUCAGAUCAUGCAUUUUCACAACGUGAAGAAAGACGGCGAGGAGAAAGCUAGAUAUUUAAACGAAGAGAAAAACCAUGAGAUAGUAGAAGUGCAAGAACGAAAGAGUGAAUCUCUAUAUUACGCUAAACCGGUGUUGACCAAACAAGACAGUGAAACGUCUCUCAGCAGUCUGAACAAGCGGAAAGCGCCGACGCCACCGCUGUCGCCAACGGAGGAAUACCCAAACUUGUACCAAAGAAAUCCCAGCGGAUUCAUGAAGUCCGAUUCGCCAGUCGUACGCGAAUUGGAGAAGAGGGAGAGGGCGGUUAUGUCGUCUACUCCGAAGACGAAGACCACAGAAGACAUAGACAGGAGAGACCCACAGCCGGAGCCGGCGCCAAGACGUAGCAUAUCGCUGUCGCACGACAACCUUCUGUUGGACGAGAAGCGAAAAGGCAAACUGAAGUUCUCCAUAAAGAAGCUCCUUCGCAUCGGCUCCUCGAAGGAUUUGGACAAGAAAGAGCUGAGCGUCGCGACAGUCGCUAAAGUGGCUAGCAAGCAGGAGGAGAUCUACGACCUGGCGCCGAAGCCGAAGCCGCGACUCGUGAUCAUACACCCUCUGGACAUCAACGGCUCCAGCGUCGAAGUGGUGAAGUCCAACUGCGAGAUAUCCGACAGUCUGCGACGGAUGAGCCACGACGAGGUGUCGAUAUACAGCGGGAGCAGUUCGGUAACUGACGCCGAAGCGCCCAAGGUUCAGAACAAGCCGCCGCCGCCGCCCAGGCUCUCCAGCGAGGAUGCGAACUCCUCCGUCGCCAAGCCAGCCCGCCCGCCACCACCUAAACCGACAGCAUAUAUGCCAAUUUGGGAGAGAUCAGAUCGGCCCUCGCGCCCAGGAAGCCCGGAGCGGACGGCCAGCAUGCGAGAAAGAGACAACCAUCUGGAGCUGCUGAAGAGACGGACGCCGCUCGACGACAAAGACGACGCCGACGAGCCGACCGAACUGGUGCAAGCGACCAACGACGCCGUCAUCCACAGCUACGACGACGUCUACAACACUGGCAAGUACGAGGAGAACAGCGACGAGGCGAAGAACAGCGAUAGCGACUACGAGUACGUGCACGCGCGCUCCAGCUCGCCGGAAUGCGACGGGGGCGGGGGGAGAGUGGCCGAGGGGGCGGUCGAGACCGGAGGCGCGGUCUCGAAGAUCGAAGACUACUCGACCGCCGGCGGGUUCCGCUCCUCGCUGCCCUACUGCGGGAGCGAGACGGAGUCGGAGAUAUACUCGCCGUACAGCUUCUACAGCUCGAGCGACGCGGUGGACGCUAGGGACGAGGACUAUAGAGGCGACGCCAGCCCGAAGGCCACCACGAGCAAGCUCCGCGUGAGGAAGGGGAGGAGCGUGGUGCACAAGAACCUCGAGGACAACUACGGCGCGGUCGUUAUCGCCAACCAUGAGGCACUGGCUCAGGUCCUGGAACAGGUCCAGCAGAGCGCCACCAUGCAGCCCUCCCUCAGGGGGCUGAAGGCGUGCACCAACCUCAGAUGGGGCGACUUCACGGUGCAGCCCCAAAGCAAAGGCCUGGUGAAAGCGGGCAGACGGGUGUUCCACCCGGCCGUGUGGAACUCCAGCCAGGGGCCGGUGAACGUGACGCUGAUGCUGCACAAGGAGCAGAUGGCCUCGCAGAUCGUCUGCCAGCAGUCGGUGCAGCCCCAAACGCUGAGCCUCAACGCCAUCACGGAGUUCUGUGACCUGGUGCCGCUGCAGCAGUUCGGCGAGGAAGGCGAGGAGUUGGUGCAAGCGACCAUCGCGGUGCUAGGGCCGGCGCAGGUGGACACGCUGCAGUCAUACGGGCGGGCGCUGAGAAGCGAGAGGGCCGGGCCCCGCCAGGAGGCGGUGUUCCUCCUGCUGCAGCUGAUCAACGGACUCAAGUGGCUGCAGGCGCGGGGCGUGGACGAGAGCCCGCGCUCCCUGGCGGCCUUCGUGGCCCUGAGGGAGCAUGCGCCCCCGCCCCUCGCCGCGCCCCGGAGGAGCGCCCCCCCGCCCUCGGCGCCCCCACCGCCCCCACCACCGCCGCCUACGGCCGCCUCUGCGUGCUACAGGGGUGAACCGCCAGCUCGUUUGCCACUUUCUCACAUAAAAAAAAUCGCCGACCGUUACAGGCUGAGCGACGAGGUGAACUGCAACAAAUCCGGCGAGUGCGAACACCACAGCUCGCUCUGCAAAUGCGCCAUCACCGCGGUCGAGAUCCUGCUGCCCGGGGAGAAGCUCACGCCACUCCUCAAGGAGGUUCUGCAGGAGGAGCGGGCGAUCUCCCUCAACCAGGCCAAGUCCGUCCUCGAGUUCAUGCUCUGGGGCCCGCUGGACGUGGUCCAGGGCGUGCCGGUCGAAGAGCGGGAGCUCUCGCUGCAGAGGUGGCUGGACCUGGAGCGGGCGACGGUGCUGCACGGCCUGGUCAGGACGAGGGUGCAGUUGAACGUGUUCGAGCAACUCCACCUCAUGUUCCUGGUGCGCUCGACGGCGAAGAACAUGUGCGACGCCUCCGUUCUGCUCGAGAAGGCGAAUGUGUAC